AUGUUAUUUUUUCUUUCAAACGAUCUCAUUUGUCUCGGGAUGAUUAUCUACACGGACACAGACGACGGUUUUUAUCUAUCUAUCUAUCUAUCUAUCUAUCUAUCUAUCUAUCUAUCUAUCUAUCUAUCUUUGUCCAUUAUCUAUCUAUCUCAGAGUUUUAUCUAUCUAUUUAUCUCAGUGGGUUUUAUCUAUCUAUCUAUCUAUCUAUCUAUCUAUCUAUCUAUCUAUCUAUCUAUCUAUCUAUCUAUCUUUGUCCAUUAUCUAUCUAUCUCAGUGUUUUAUCUACCUAUUUAUCUCAGUGGGUUUUAUCUAUCUAUCUAUCUAUCUAUCUAUCUAUCUAUCGCAUUUUUCUCUUUGAAUUUCUCUUUCCACUCCCGUGUAUCCCCCCCUCUCUCUCUCUCUCUUUCCCCAUUAAUCUCCCCCUCCCGUUCAAUUCGAUUUCAAUCUCCCUUCUCAUGUAUUUCCUUUCAACCUGUUCUUCUUUAUAACCUUGCUAUCUUACCUACGCGCUUUUUUCUUUACUUUUACUUUCUUCUUGCUUUCCCUCUUUUCUUUCGUCUUUCUUGUGAUUUUCCUUUCCUUCCAUAUUUCUCUCUUUCUUUUCUUUCAUUCUUCUUUCACCUUAUUUUUCCUUUCUUUCUUUCUUUCUUUCUUUCUUUCUUUCUUUCUUUCUUUCUUUCUUCUAUUUUCUCAUCUAUUUUAUUUUCUGAAAACUUUUAUUUCGUUUCUCCUUCUUCCUAA